AUGGCAAGUUGCGGGAGUACAUGUAAAUGCGGCGAAGGGGACGGCAAUUGCUGUAAACCGAAUUGCGAGUAUUGCAAAAGCUGUUUCAGCUGUAAAUGCAAUUGUUGCGCACAUAGACGUAAAGGACUUGCCAUAAUUUUCGGGAUUCUGUUUCUUAUUGCCAUCAUCCUUUGCGUCGUCUACUACAUGAAAGACAAGCGUAUAUGGCCAUUCCACAAACUCAACGACUACUUCAAUCGUAUCCCGGAUAUAUACGACCCUUACGAGAAGUUUCCACCAAAAGACGCGUAA